UAAAGGUCAGAAUAGGUCAGCUGGGCCUGCCCAAUAUCUAUCUAAUCUAUUUGUGAACGAACGGGGUUAGUCGUACGGCCGUACGAUCUGUCUGUGCAGAGUGUGGAAAAAUAGUUAUUAAAGGAUUAAUGAAAGCAUUAUAGAUAAUACACUGAUUGAAUAUUAGCGUAAUUUUGUAGUAUUUCAAUAAAAAAUGGCUGCACCUGCCAGAAUAUUGAGUCGGUUUUAUGCCGAUGGACUGAAACUGGGAUUCUCAAUUCGUUUUAAUAGCUAUGAUGCCACAAGGAAGAAUUUGAAAUUAACAGCACAAACAAAAGUGAUCUGUCAAGGGUUCACCGGAAAACAAGGAACGUUUCACAGUAAGCAAGCUAUCGAAUAUGGCACGAAAAUGGUUGGGGGAGUGUCUCCCGGAAAAGGAGGAAAGACUCAUCUAGAUUUGCCAGUAUUUAACACUGUGAAAGAGGCUCGGGCUGCCACUGGCGCAGACGCCACAGUCAUCUACGUCCCACCACCAGGCGCAGCUGCAGCUAUUUUAGAAGCGAUAGAUGCGGAAAUUCCCCUAAUAGUCUGUAUAACAGAAGGCAUCCCUCAGCAUGACAUGGUUCGAGUGAAGCACAGGCUCCUCCGUCAAGCCAAAUCUCGUCUCAUCGGUCCUAACUGUCCUGGAAUCAUUGCCCCCGAACAAUGCAAAAUCGGUAUUAUGCCAGGACAUAUUCACCAGAAGGGUAUCAUAGGAGUCGUCUCCAGGUCUGGUACCUUGACCUAUGAAGCUGUCCACCAGACUACACAAGUCGGAUUGGGACAGACUCUCUGCGUAGGGAUCGGUGGGGAUCCCUUUAACGGAACUGAUUUCAUUGACUGCCUAGAAGUCUUCUUGAACGACCCCGAUACUAAGGGCAUUAUACUUAUCGGGGAAAUCGGAGGUGUUGCCGAGGAGCAGGCUGCUGAAUAUCUCAUGAAGCACAACUCAGGUACAAAUGCGAAGCCGGUUGUGUCGUUCAUUGCCGGUCUGUCAGCCCCUCCAGGUAGACGUAUGGGCCACGCUGGCGCUAUUAUCUCUGGCGGAAAAGGUGGAGCGCAAGACAAAAUUAACGCUCUAGAAAAGGCCGGGGUCAUAGUAACGAAGUCGCCCGCUCAAAUGGGCAACGAACUCCUUAAAGAAAUGCGUCGUUUAGGAUUGGUGUAAAUGCGCUGGAAUUUUACUCAUUAAAAUGAAGGCUAUUUAUGUGUCAACUAAUACUGUAUUAUAGUUGUAUAGCCUUUUAAUGUAAUGUUUUAUUUGCUUUACACACGUAUAUUAUGUAUAUUCCAAAUUCCACUUGUUAAUAAAAUUUUAUGUUUUCAUUAUA